AUUGAUAAAUGUUACGCUUGGAGUGCGAGAUUCAUGUAAAUCAUGAUAAUCAUCCACGUUAAGAAUUAAAAAAGUAAAUUUAUUUUUUAAAUUAAUAUUUGAAUACUCAUAAAUUACAAAAUACAUGAGUUUUCUAACAUUAUAUGAAAUUUAUUUUUGAACUGUUUGUUCAUGCGCCGCAACUAUUUUUUUCUUGUUAUAUACAGUUUUAUAUGUCACGCUUAUGCCCAUUAAUUGUAUUAAUUCCAACUGUUGAUGUACCAGUACCAGUAAUAUACAAUCCAAUAGCAGCUUUUGUCGUUUGUUUCGCAAUGCUGCCAUUUGAUAACAAAGCAUCAUCACUUUUUGCCUUAAUUGCUGUCUUGUUUUUUUUUUACUUUUUUCAUCGGGGUUCAUAGAUCUAAAUAAAAAACCAUAAAGCUCUGGAUCACGAGUUUCUAUUAAGCAAACAUGAAUGUUUGGGUUUGGCGUACUACAAAGCGGGCAGAUACAACAGCAGCAGCAGCAAAUCCAACAACAAAUUCAUCAACAUUUUGAUUUUUAAAUCGGUAAAUUUCCAUUGAUGCCAGUAAAGUACCCUUGUCAUGCGUCCUAUUUAAUUAAAAAAUUUUAAAAAUUUGUAAUUAAUUGAUUUUGAGAAAAUUAAAUUUUACAUUACAAUUGUUGAUACUUAAAACUUUUCCAAUUCCUUUAAUCUGCAAUUCUAAGGUUCUAUAGUAAUCACAUUAUUUGCUGCUUGAUCUAUUUCGUAUUUAUUAUGGUUUAUGUGUGCGUUCUGGCCGACGGUAAGAAUGACCGCAACAGAUCGUAUCAUCUAAAAUUUUUUUUCUUUAUUCCAUAAAUUGUUAUUUUUAGGUUCGGUGAUCAGGGGCUACGAUAG